AUGUGGAACGCUAGUUGCCAUAUGGUCGCAUUGAAUUACCAAACGGGUGACAAAGCAAUGCAGUUGAAUCAAGGGAAAUUCAUGGCCAACGGGAGAUGUGGAUAUGUGCUGAAACCGGAGUACAUGCUUGACGAAAGCUUUGAUCCGCUCCAUGGCGAAGCAGUAUCUACCUCGACUCCGAUUCGUUUAACUGUCCAAGUGAUUGCUGGACGUCAUCUUUCACGUCGUGACAAGCACAAAGGGAUAUGUUCGCCGUUUGUCGAGGUUGAACUAGUUGGACUUCCUUGCGAUGAGAGAUCCUACAAGACGAGAACCAUCGCAUCGAACGGUUUGAAUCCGAUUUGGAAUCAGACAUUCGUAUUCGAAGUACAUUGUCCCGAAAUGGCUUUGCUGAGGUUUCAAGUGGAAGAUGGCGACUUCGUUGGACCAAAAACUGAUCCCUUCAUUGGGCAAGCCGUCUUCCCGCUGGAUUGCAUACGUUGCGGUAAGCAUUCGGUUGUGUCUGGAACGGGCUUCCGUUCGGUUCCUCUUCUGAAUCAGUUCAGUGAGGAACUUGAAUUGUCAUCAUUGCUUGUAGACGUCCAGAUGAUCUCCAUAGAAGAGUCAAGCCCACUAAUUCAUUCUGCACAUUCCGUGCUCCAGGCUAGCCGAUUGGCUCCCGUGUUCCGCUCAAAGGAUCGCCAGCUAAGGUCUUUUGACUCUCUUCAAUCUCCCUCAUCGCAGUUGUCAUCGUCGAUCUCACGAGACAGUACUGCUCGUGUAGGAACGCUUCUUAGCAGCUCUGUAGAUUCCCAGUCACCGUCGGCUUGUAGUGUUGCUGCUCGGAAGUUCUCAGCAUUUCAAUCUCAAGACAGCAUCGAUAGCGCAGAGUCGUUAUCUCCUGCAUCUAAUGGAACGGCGACGCCCACAGAUAGGGAAAAGAAACGAGGAAAGUGGAGCUUCCCCGGCUUUCGUUUCAAGAGCAAAGAUUAA